AUGUUAUGCAAUGUAACAGGAAAUACUACAAACAAUCAUCAUGAACUCAUAGCUGCGCAAACGCCACCUUGGUUUCAUUUUACCUUUGGUCUGAUACUUCUUACAUCAGGGCUUGGAUCUUUCGUUUCAAACGGUUCUGUCGUUUUUGUAUUCCUGGUCAAAGAACGGACGCCUAAAUACCUGUCAAACAAAACAAGCAUCGUGUCUAUAAUUCUGUGCUGUCUCAUUACAUUUGGUUUUGCAAUAAGUCCUUUGUUUGGAUGGAACCAGUACACGUAUGAAGGAAUUGGUACCGCAUGCGCAAUAGAUCUAAUUGGAGAUAAUAAUAACGGACAGUCAUUCAUCUUGGCUCUCUUUGCUAUCUACUUUGUAAUGCCAGUUUCUGUGAUAAUAUUUUCAUACGGAAAUGUGUAUGCAAAGGAUUCUUCUUGA